GACAUGCUGCACAGAGCCUGUAUGUCAUUCUCUCCAGUUGAGAAUUACAUUUACAGUUAAUCAUUUUCAGAACUGUAGGCUUACCUCCGUUUGGAUUUAAGUUCUUUAAGUUUUGGACAGCAAUUCAGCGACACGCAUGCACAAAGCCAGGAAACCGGAGAUACAGUAGUGAAGCCCAACUGUCCACCACUUUAACCUAAUUUAUGGGAAGAAAUUGGGAAUUAAUUAAUUAAUAAAACCCAGCAAAGAUGAUGUCCACUGAGCGCCUAUUCUCCCCCAAACCCACAACAUCUAGAAAACCUCCAGUUCCAAAGAAAUCACACUGCCCCCUGCCAGCAGGGAGGGAUACUACGGCAGUCACAUCGGACAGCCCAGUGAAGCAGAUGGUGGGACAUUUAAAUCAGCAGGAUGGCAUAGUGGUUAGCUUGAAGGCUAAAGAGAGAGGUGAACCCUGCAUGGGGACAAAAACAACUCUCACCGUUAAACACAGAGCCCCACAGCUAUGCCAGAAGAGGGAGGGAGAACAGAAAUGCAAGCAGAACGAAGAUGGAGAAGGACCCAACAACCUACCUAUGAAUAGGCAGGGGGGGCGGUCAGCUCCAGAUGGCAUGGAGGUGGAGGCAGAGGUACAAACACACAACAAAGAAGAAACAGUGCAGGGCUCAGCAGCACCCCCUACCCUUCUCUGCAAGAACAGCUGUACCUGCAUUUGCCACCAACAGCGUCCCGGCAUGAGGUUGGUGUGGGUCCCUAAGGAAGGAGUGUCCUUAAGAGAAGAGCAGACAGAGAAGGUAGAACAAAUGAAGUUCCAGCAAGUUCCAGAUGUGACUACAAGGGAUGGGAAGUGUCAGAACUCCAAGGAAUUCUCCCUGACUGCUUUUGGUCCCCCUAAAUUCUAUCACCGCUCUCACUGGUCCACUCCCAUCUCCCAAAGCCCCCACAUCCAGCCAGGUCCCAAAGUCCCACAGGACACUCCUCCUCCCAUCCCUCCAAGGAUCCACCACAAGGCAGACAAACCGGGGAGCCUGAAUGAAGGUUCCUCCUCCACACCCCCCACGGCCAAGGUGCACCCCUCUCCUCCGCACCUGCCACCCAAACACCCCCACGACCACAGGAAGGCACUCAACAGCCACUACCAUCCACAGUCAAAGGAGAAAGAUGAGACUGAUUUGAGUGACUGGGUGAAAGUGGACCCGAUCAACAAAGAAGAGCCUUCAUCGUUGUUAGCGCAGAGUUUAUUCGCUGACUUGGUGUCUUGCCUCAAAGAUGAGCCUCUAUAUCAGGAGUAUCGUGCCAAAGCCAUCAACAAGGAGAUCCAACAGCAGGUAAAAUGUGCCAGCAUCGGUAGCAUGAGUUCAGGUGAACAGCAGGAGUCAGAGGAUUGUGGAAACCGUUUGAGGGCCAAGAGGGGCCCCACACAAAACUUUCUGUGGCAGGAGCUACCGUCGGUGAGGAACAGUGGGGUUCUGCCUCAACUGAGCCCAGAGGAGUGCAAACGGCAGGAGAGCAUGUUUGAGGUGCUGACAUCAGAGGCCUCAUAUCUACGCUCCCUUAGAGUGCUCACUGAUCACUUCCUGGACUCACGGGACCUGGAUGAGACACUCAUCAUUCGAGACAAGAAGACCCUCUUCUCCAACGUUGUUCGUGUGCGUGAGGUCAGCGAGAGGUUCCUGAAGGACCUGGAACAGCGUAUAGGUGAGGGCCCUGUGAUCUCAGAUAUCUGUGACAUCAUCCACCACCAUGCCCAGCACAACUUCUCCCCGUACAUGGAAUACAUCCGCAACCAGGUCUACCAGGACAAGAUCUACAGCUCCCUCAUGCAGAAGAAUACGCAGUUCAUGACGGUGAUAACUCGACUGCAGGAGUCGCCACUGUGCCAACGUCUGCCCUUCAACUCCUUCCUGCUGCUGCCCUUCCAGCGGAUCACACGCAUAAAGAUGCUCAUUGAGAACAUUCUGAAGAGGACCCAGGAAGGGACCAAGGAAGAGCAGACGGCCUCCCAAGCGUUAACCACAGUAUCUCAAAUCAUCGAAGAGUGCAACAAGCAGGUGGGCAAGAUGAAGCAAAUGGAAGAUCUCCUGCACAUUGCCCAAAUGCUGGAGUUCCACAAACUCAAGGCCAUACCCGUUGUCUCUCAGAGGCGUUUUCUGGAGAAGCGCGGUGAGCUGCACGAGAUGACCAAAGGGGGCACCCUGUUUAGCCUCCGCCCCAAAUUUACCCCCAUCUACCUCUUCCUCUUCAACGAUCUCCUCAUCUUCACCUACAAAAAGAGUGCGGAACGCUACAUUGUGACUGAUCAUGCCCACCGAUCAUUGGCCCAUGUGCAGGCCAUUAGUGACGAAAAGCGGGGCUCUGGGUUUGAUCGCUGCUUCUGCCUGAUGCUGCUGGAAAACCACCAAGGCUGCACCCACGAGCGUCUGCUCAAGGCUCCCACAGAGUCUGAUAUGCACAGGUGGAUGGCAGCAUUUCCAAAUCUCACUAACCCAGAUCAACGCCAGGAUGAGAAGGUGUAUGAGGACUGGGACUGCCCACAGGUUCAGUGUUCGGAGCAGUAUGUUGCUCAGCAGGCUGACGAACUCAACCUGGAACCGACAAACAUCAUCAAUGUCUUGAGAAAGACCAAUGAGGGUUGGUACGAGGGUAUGCGUCUCUCUGACGGAAAGAAAGGCUGGUUCCCAGCUAGUAAUGUGCUAGAGAUCACCAAUGAACACGUACGGAGACGUAACCUCCGGGAACAGUACCGUAUUUCUCGGGCCGCGUUUCAGGCCCAGGAGCCUGAACAGGCCUCAAAAACACUGUACUCCAACGCAGGGACGCAGAAGGAACAGUAAUGCCCCUGGUGACCAUGUUCAGUGCACACAUCAACGCACUGUGAGCCUGAAAAACCACCCAGACUCCCGCAAAGACAGCCAAAUGAACAGUCACUCUAACAGUUUUUCAUGUAAAAAAAUGUGAUUAUGUUGUGACAUGCAAUACUCAUCUGAAUCAGUGUUUAUACUGAGUGAUGGUGCUGGCGAUAUGCUUGAUUAAAACAGGGAUAAAACAUAA